ACCUUCCCGUCGGUCUGGAUGGCGGGCGUCUUCUGGCUCAGCGCCCUGCUGGACAACGGCCUCAACCGCAGGCCCAUCCUGCGAGCCGGCGUCCAUCGCCAAGUCCUGAUGACCACGCUGGGCUUUUGUUUGGGCUACUACAUCAAGAGAUACUCCAAUUACUACUACGCUGAGCGGGACAGGGAGCUUUUCAGUUACAUAAAGCACCAUCCUGAGGACUUUGUGGAAAAAGAGCCCAGAAAGGUGGGAGAGAUUCUGGAAGACUUCACCCCAACUCGCUGAAGUUCUGCCAGCAGAUCCUGUGAUCUUCACGGUGUUUUCUCUCCUCCUUACUCUGGCGUGUGGAAGCCCUCGGGAUCAAAUUGCUUAUUGAUAAAUGUCUACUGUAUCCUUUCUAAUAAAAGCUCU